AUGUUCGGAAUACGAAAUUUAUCGAAGCUAACGCAAUAUUUAACAAAAUCGAAUUUAACAGUUGCAGCAAUUGAUUCACACGUUACUGUAUCGCUUCAAACACUGUCAAAUCGUUCUGUUAUCAGUCACGUAAAAGAUAUACAAACAACAUGCAACGCUUAUCGUUUUUUCAUGUGUUCAGCCGUAAAACAUACGGGAAAAACAUCAUUAGCAUCAAAUCAGACACCAAACAUUGGUGAAUACGAUACAUUAACGGAGUAUCAUGCAUACGAUAUGAUACAUAAAUUGAGCGAAAAUGACAGGGCAUCCUUGUUGAAAGCAUUGAACAAAUACAAUUCUGACAAAAUUAAAUCGAAGUUUCAAGGACAACUUGCUUCGUCUAAUUGGCGCUUGAAAUUCGGACGUCGCAGCAAUGAGCAGCUAGGGGCUGUAGAUCCUACUGGAUCGUAUUGUGCUAUGCCUGAUGAUUGGAUUAAAAAAAAGUUAGCAGAAGCUGCUAUAACGCCAUCAAAGGAUGCUUUAUUCAAAACUUUUGUGGUGAACGGAGUGCCAUUUGUUGGUUUCGGGUUUCUAGACAAUUUCUUCAUGAUUAUCGCUGGCGACUACAUAGAGAGUUCAAUUGGUGUAUACAUGGCAAUCAGCACAAUGGCGGCAGCUGCUUUGGGAAAUACAAUCAGUGACAUAUUUGGUUUGGGUCUGGCUAGUUAUGUGGAACAAUUUUGUACAUUCAUCGGAAUUGUUGCACCCGAUCUAACACCAACGCAACAAAAUAUGCCAAUUACUCAGAGAGCUGGAAGUAUGGGUCGCGUCGUUGGAAUCACAAUUGGUUGCUUGAUCGGAAUGUUCCCUCUUCUUCUUAUGAAAAAAAAAAACAAGGGAGACAAAGAAGAAAUAGAAGAAAAAGCAGUUCAAGAUUGAAUUAAUUGAUGUAAAACGUGAACUCCAGGAAAAAUCUAGCUUGUGUCAUUAUUUGAUUUGCAUUUUUAGACUCAAUCCGAGUGUCUUAAGCCCACUACCUGAAAAAUCUUUUUAAAUUAUAUUGCACAAAUAACAACUAAAUGUUCGAACUAUGUAGAUAUUGUAGAUAGCACAUUUUAUCUAUUUUUUGCUCAACCAACUUGAAUAUAUUUACAAAACUGUAUAAAGUAAUGUAACGAAUUUAUUUUAAGCUUAUUGUAAUAUUUCAAAAAAUUUAACUGACUCUUCCAUGGCAAAUUCUCUCGCCUUAAUGUGCAAUCAAAUAAAAAAGACGUAAUAAAAAUGUGUGACAAAUUGAAA